AUGCGACGAUUGUCAGGUUUGCAGCGAGAAGUUCUCUCGCUGUACCGAAAGUGUUUGAGAGAAGCUCGGAAGAAGCCAGAGGACACUAGAGACCACUUUCGCGCUUUUGCACAGUCAGAGUUCCGUAAGCAGCUCGACGUGAACAAAAAGGAUUUCUCCACAAUCGAACAUCUACUACGCAAAGGCCAUAAACAGCUUGAAACAUAUUCGUCACCAGGGAUUAGAAAUAUCAACUGGUGA